AUGUCGUCAUUUUUUACUGUCCCGGCGUCUCAGCGAAAGCGAAAACGAGGUGAAGAUAUUGCAGGAAAGUCGAGGAAACGGCGGGGAGUGGAAAAGAAUGAUCGAGACGAUGCCGCUACCACUGACGGUUCCGCCCGCCGCAAACCUUUGAGGCCUCGGGACAAUGAACGAGAUGAUUCGAUAUCUGGCAGCGACUCCGAAGCUGAAGUUGAAUUGGAAUCUGGAGAAGAGUCGGAAGCCACCUCAGAAGAAGGCGAAAAUACCGCAGACCGCAGAAUUCGUCUUGCUCAGCGAUACCUUGACAACAUUAAACAAGAGGUGGAUGAGGCAGGGUUUGAUGCAGAAGACCUCGACAAAGAUCUGAUAGCGCAAAGAUUGAAAGAAGACGUGGACGAGGCGAAAGGGAGACAAUUUCGACUCAUUGCAACGAAUCUGGAUUUCCCCAAUGCCGCACAUUCUAUGUUCCGGGCAGAUACUGACAGCACCACUGGCGUCGCAGUCUGUCAACCAUACGCUUAUACAGUGAGCCGAGAUAAGACUCUCGUCAAGUGGGAGUUGAUACACCCCGGCCGACCCUCAGAUAAGAAGAAUUCUACAGCACCACGGAGGAAAAAGCCAAAGCAAUGUGCAUACGUUCGAGGCAUCAAGAUCCGAGCAUCAGCGACACAGCAGCACGGGCAUACAGGAGAGAUACUGUCAGUUGCGGCUUCCCCGGACGGCAGAUUCGUCGCUACUGGAGGUGCAGACAAGAAACUGAUUAUAUGGGCUGCCGAAGAUUUACGGCCACUGAAGACAUUCAUGACCCACAGAGAUGCGGUCACUGGAUUGGCAUUCGCCCCUACCUCAUCCCAAUCAGGAUUCGGAGCACAGUUAUUCAGUGCGAGCAAGGAUCGCUCUCUCAAAACCUACAGUCUAGCCGGCGAAGACAGUCUCGCCUAUGUUGAGACUCUCUUUGGUCAUCAGGAUCAUAUUGUCGGCGUCUCUGCAGUCUCGGUGGACCAAUGUGUGACAGUCGGGGCACGGGACCGAAAAGCGUUAUGGUGGAAAGUGGUUGACGAAUCACUGACGAAAUUCCUGGGCGACAGUUCAAGGAGCGAAACAUAUCAGACCGGCAGUCUAGAUUGUGUCGCUGCCUUACCGCCCGCAAAUUUUGUGACUGGCAGUGAUUCUGGGGCUAUCGUGCUGUGGAAUGUUCACCGGAAGAAGGCCGUCUUCACGGUUCAGACGGCUCAUGGGGUGGAUGAGCCACCUCCUCUUGAGGAAGUUACGUCGGAGACGAGUCCGGACGUCAUUGAGCGGCUGAAGAAGAACGAUGGUCGACAGCCUAUGCCACGAGCCAUCACUGCAUUAGCGGCAGUACCAGGAACUGAUGUUAUUCUGAGUGGCAGCUGGGACGGAAAAGUCCGUGUAUGGAAGCUAAGCAACGAUAAGCGAUCACUGAUAUCUCUUGGCUCGAUUGGAGAGGUUGAACAUAGCGGAAUGACAAAUGGUCACGUCAAUGGAACCUCCGACGAUGUGGAUGAGGCUUCCCACAGCACGAGCGUCGAUGAGCCCAGCAAUAGGGCGAUCUAUGGCUUCAUCAAUUCGAUAGCUGUGUUCGAAAGGAGAAACGAGAUUGUGAAUGAGUUUGGAGGGAAGAAAGAGGGCGAAUGUGAAGGCCUGUGUGUCGUGGUUGGGACCGGAAAACAGAUGAGGUUGGGUAGGUGGAUGAAAUUGCCCAAGGCAAAAAAUGGCGCGGUGGUGUUUGAAGUACCACUAUUGAAGACCCAGCUGUAA